CUCGCGAGCCCCUCUUCUGCUGCGCUCAUGGCGAUCGAAGCAGCGCGCCUCUCCCCGUCCCUCACCGCCGCCUUCCUCGGCCCUCCUCUCCGCCGCGCCCUCCCGCUCCAGCUCCCGCGCCUCCGCCUCCGCCGCCGCCUCUCCCUCGCCGCCGCGGCGGGCGGGGACGACGGCCCUCGCGCCGUCGCCCUCCCCUCCUCGGAGCUCCGCAAGCGCCGGGGCGCCUCCUCCUCCUCCUCCUCCGCGGCGGCUGGUUCCGGCGGGGACGAGAGGCUCCGCUCGCUCCGCGGCCUCUUCGCGCGGCCCGACAUCGCCAUCGACGCCUACAUCGUCCCCUCGCAGGACGCCCACCAGAGUGAGUUCAUAGCAGAAUGCUUCAUGAGACGUGCUUACCUUACUGGGUUCACUGGUAGUGCUGGUACGGCUGUGGUCACAAAAGAUAAAGCUGCCCUUUGGACCGAUGGGCGGUACUUUCUCCAGGCUGAGAAAGAACUGAGCCAUGACUGGACACUCAUGCGCAGUGGAAAUCAUGGUGUUCCUACCACCAGCGAGUGGUUGAAAGAGGUCUUACCAUCUGGUUGCCGAGUUGGCAUUGACCCGUUUCUUUUCUCAUUCGAUGCAGCUGAAGAAUUAAAAGAUGCUAUUUUUGAAAAGAACCAUGAGUUAGUUUUGAUUAGGGAAUUGAAUCUAGUUGACGAGAUAUGGGGAGAAGCAAGGCCAGAGCCCCCGAAACAAAAAACUAGGGUGCAUGGAAUCAAAUAUGCUGGUAUCGAUGUGCCAUCAAAAUUGUCCUCUGUUAGAUCACAGCUUGCUGAUGAUGGGUGUGAUGCUGUGGUUAUUUCAUUGCUUGACGAAGUUGCAUGGUUGUUGAACAUGAGAGGAAGUGAUGUUCCAAACUCACCUGUAUUUUAUAGCUACCUUAUUGUGGAGGAUAAAACCGCUACCUUAUUUGUGGAUAACAACAAAGUAUCUGAAGAUGUUUUAGAGCACCUUGAAAAGGCUGGUGUAAAACUAAAACCGUAUGAAGCGAUUUUGUCUGAUGUUGAAAGAUUGGCACAGAGUGGCAAAAAGCUUUGGUUGGAUUCUUCAAGUAUUAAUGCUGCCAUAGUCAAUGUAUUUAGAGCAAGCUGUGACAGACAUGUGAAUAAGAGAGGAAAAGCAGGGAGACAAAGUGGAAAAGAAUCACCUUCAGGUGAGCCAGGUUCUGGAAGCUCUGGCGUUCAAAAUGGAAAUUUACAGGCUCUGUACAAAGUUUCACCAGUCACCCUAGCCAAGGCAGUUAAGAAUGAGGCUGAGAUCGAGGGUAUGAAGAGUUCACACAUAAGAGAUGCUGCUGCUUUAGCAGAAUUCUGGUGCUGGCUAGAGGGGGAAGUUCGUGAAAGUGUACUACAUACAGAAGUGCAAGUUUCUGAAAAGCUUCUUGAAUUUCGUCAAAAGCAAGACGGCUUUAUAGAUACAAGCUUUGACACUAUCAGUGGUUAUGGUGCAAAUGGCGCUAUAAUACACUACAGACCAACUCCAGAGAGCUGCAGCUCUGUUGGAAGCGACAAUCUCUUUCUGUUAGAUAGUGGUGCUCAAUAUAUUGAUGGAACUACUGACAUAACAAGGACUGUUCACUUUGGUGAACCUUCCCCAAGGCAGAAGGAAUGCUUCACUAAAGUUUUGCAGGGGCAUAUAGCUCUUGAUCAGGCAGUAUUUCCAGAGAGAACUCCUGGCUUUGUACUAGAUGUUCUUGCACGCUCAUCUCUGUGGAAGAUUGGGUUGGACUACAGACAUGGCACAGGUCAUGGAGUUGGAGCAGCAUUAAAUGUUCAUGAGGGCCCUCAGAGCAUAAGCUAUCGGUAUGGAAAUUUGACAGCUUUACAGAAGGGCAUGAUAGUAAGCAAUGAACCUGGUUAUUAUGAAGACAACUCAUUCGGCAUUCGUAUAGAGAAUCUUCUUCUGGUAAAGGAGGUUAAUUUGCCAAAUUCGUUUGGUGGUGUCUCAUACCUUGGUUUUGAGAAAUUAACUUUUGUUCCAAUUCAGAGCAAGCUUAUUGACUUAUCCUUGCUAUCACCUUCGGAGAUCAAUUGGAUCAACGAAUAUCAUGAAGAAGUCUGGGAAAAGGUUUCUCCUUUGUUGAGUGGCGAUUCUCUCGACUGGCUCCGGAAGAACACAAGACCUCUUUAGAUACCACUGAUCUCCUGGGAAAUAUGUCAGUCCAAUACCUGACAUGAUGACAACACAGCAGCAACUGAAUGGUAUUCGAUAAAUAUCGCUCACUGCAACAUCUCACGACGAUUUUGACGGUUAUCGAUGGAAUCAAUAUAUAUUUAGCGGGGAAAGACGGUAAAGAUGGUGCCAGGCAGGUGGCUGUCAGAAUUGCUGGCUGCUGCAUCAACUGGAGAUUGUUCAUUUGCCGUUCCCUGAGCUUGGCACGAUAUUCAGAGAGGGAUUUAUGUGCGUACAUCUGCCCUGCUGUUGGUUAAAUUCGCUAGGAAGCUUCAUUUGUACCUCCCUCCAUCCACUACCACGAUUGUUUCGUGAGCUAUAUGUAUCCUCAAAGGUGCGUUACGUUAGACGUUGAUGUUAUUACUCUGAUUACAUGUCAUUUUUAAAUAAUAAGGUCGUUGUGCCAAGUGGGUUUCUUGCAUGCGCAGGCUUUUUUUUUUUUACUACU